UCCUGUGGUAAAAGUCACUUGGUGUCAUCGGGUGAAGUUCAGUCCAAACAGUAGUUCUGUCCCUCCGAGGAGGUGUCUCUGCUCCCCUCUCCGGCUUCAGUUUUCGGUUCGGGUGGACCCCCCACCACACACACAUACUCCCCCGCCUCUCAGGAUGUCUCCGUCCACGUCCCCCCGGUUCUUCACCGAGCGGGAGGUGGCCCGCCACUGCACCCCGGACUCGUGCUGGGUGCUGCUGGGGACCAGGGUGUACGACGUGACCGCCUUCCUGCGGAUGCACCCGGGCGGGGAGGCGCUGAUACGAAGCCGCGCCGGGAAGGACCUGAGCGCGGAGCUGGAAGGACCCCCUCACCGGCACUCGGAGAACGCCCGGCGGUGGAUGGAGCAGUACUACAUCGGGGAGCUGGACCGAGGGAGCGGCACCGACGAGGUACAGACUCUGAGGGAAAGGAAGAAAGCCAGCGAACAGACGAACGGGAAGACGGCAGAGAAAAGGACAGAAAAGCAGCAGCAGGUGGACGAAGACGAAGACAUCUCCCCGUACAGCCGCUGCAGUCCUGUGGACCUGGACCAGGAUUUGGUGGACUGGCGGAAGCCCCUGGCGUGGCAGGUGGGUCACCUGGGAGAGAAAUACGACGCGUGGGUUCAUCAGCCAGUCGACAGACCCAUCAGGUUGUUCGGUAACCCCUUCCUGGAGGCGGCGACCAAAACUUCCUGGUACUGGGUUCUGGUGGUUUGGGUACCCGUGGUGGUUUAUCUCAGCUGGUACUGCUACAGCACACUGGCCCAGGGCACCACAAGGAUAGCCGUCACUUCAGGCUUCUCCGUCCCUGUCCAUAAAUCCAUGUUCCCCGUGUUGUUUUUGAUGGGCUGGUUCUUGUGGUCCUUCAUGGAGUACUGCAUCCACCGCUUCGUCUUCCACAUGAAGCCGCCGGCUCACAACUACUACCUCAUCACGCUGCACUUCCUGCUGCACGGCCAGCACCACAAGUCUCCAUUCGACGGCUCCAGACUCGUCUUCCCCCCCGGCCUGGCCUCCAUCGUGGUGGGGCUGUUUUAUCUCAUCCUGCACAGCAUGCUCCCAGAGAUCCUGGGGGUCUCCAUGUUCGUGGGCGGGCUGUGUGGAUACGUCGUGUACGACAUGAUCCACUACUACCUUCACUACGGCUCGCCCAAGAGGGGGACGUACCUGUACGGCCUGAAGGCCUACCACGUCAAACACCACUUCGAGCACCAGAGAUCAGGUUUUGGAAUCACCACCACGUUCUGGGAUCACCCCUUCAACACAGUAAUCCCUGAUGAGAAGUUUUAACGUAUAAAUGGCUCUGCUGAAGGGCCACAGGACUCGUCCACCACCCUCCUUAUAAACCCGCCUGGUUUUGUUUGCUCAAGCCCCCGCCGCCGAUUGAUACACCGUCACAAUAAAUAACAGCACGUUAUCGUCUUCAGCUCAGCCGUACGACUGUGUGAGUGUGUGUGUGAGAGAGUGAACCAUCCUGUGCUUUCUGUGCCAUUUGUUUAAAAAAAAAAAUCUCCAAACUGAUGCUCAGCAGCCAAACUUUUACCUGAUCUCCGUGCACACAGCUGGGAGGUGGGGUGUUCAAGCACGUUCACAUUCAGUUUAUUUAAAAAGAAUAAAAACACAUUUAGGCUCAACAGAAAUAAAUUAUGCAACUAAUUAAUGUUGAUGUUUGAAGAAGCACGUCGUUGAGGGGAAAAAGGAAGUGAGCGAUGGUGUGUGAAUGUUGACGGAAGCGCCUGAGCGUCCUCGCCGCCUCUCACCAAAAAAAACAACUACUGACUCAGGAAACAUCUUUACUCCUCAUUUGUGCUUUUUGUUUCUUGUCACUUUCUCAGCUGUGAACAGAAAACGUUUGGUUUCAGAUGAUUAAUGUUUUUCCAGUCCGAAGUAAAUGAAUUACAAACAGCUGCUGCAGCAGCAGAAUGGACUGUGGCGCUAAAGAGGCUCCAGAUGUUUGAAACCAAAGUGCAGAAAGUCUGUUGUGAUGUUUCUUCUGUUUUUUUCUCUCUUAUGAUUCAAGAAUGUAAAAAAAAAAGUAUAUUUUUAAGAUCCUUUGUAUAAAAGAAAGGAGACGUUUCAGUUUCACGAGCUUUGUGUUGUCAGUGAGGGGGAUGAUGGGAUACUUUACCAAAGUGGACUUAAAGACAGCUGUCAUCAUGGGGACGGAGGGACUGAGCUGAAGGCUUGAAGCCAGGCAGUCAGACUUCCUGCUGCAGGGAUCUGAAGGGGUCAAAGGUCACAGAGAAAUGCCACGUCAGAACCGUAGACUGAGGAGGCUAAAGGUGCUCAUUGCAACAUAAGAGUGUAAAUCUUUAAAGUUUGUAAACCAGAGCAGCUUUGAUGCAUUUAUGCUUUAAAUAUGGAGAAAAAACAGUUUCACUAAAGCGGCGUGUUUGAAUGUUGAGUUCUGUCAGAAACUCUUCUGUCAUCAAGCAGCAGAUCCACUUCUCUGACCCCGCCAUGUUUGUUUACACCAGAGACCAUCAGUAGUAGUGUGUUGAUCGGUCCAAAUAUUAAACUCUAGCAUCGUUUCAA